UAUUAAAUACAAUAAAAAUUUUAAAUUAAAAAUUUUUUUUUUUAAAUUAAGUGAAUAAAUAUUUUUAGUUAGUGAAAAUGUGGAGAUUCUUGACGUUUUGUACUGUACUUGUUAUAGAAAUUUGUCUCAUACUAACAUGUGAAGAACAAGUUCCACAAACGAAAGUGCGUAUAGCAUUGGUACCCAUGCGAAAGUAUCCCAUCGAUGCUAACUGCACUAAUGUGGAUUGCAUACCAGCAACAAAUCCACUAGUAUUACGUACGGUCAGAGAGACUUACACGGCAAUGGUGGAUGUUUGUUGCGAGGGCUACACACGAGAAAACAAAACUGGAGAAUGUCAGCCAAAUUGCGCAGAUUGCAAAACGGGUAAAUGUUUAUAUCCAAAUAUGUGCCUUUGCGACAGUGGCUAUAAUAACCAACGGAACAAAUCUCUAUGCGAACCAAAUUGCAGUGAACCUUGUGUGAAUGGCGUUUGCUCAGCACCCGAAGUUUGCACCUGCAACACAGGUUUCAAUUUUCGUAAUGGUAGCCGAACCGAGUGUGAGACCAAAUGUGACAUGAAUUGCACAAAUGGACGUUGCGAUUCGGCGGACAAGUGUACGUGUAAUUUUGGAUACGAACGCAACGAAACUUUAGGUAAAUGUGUGCCUAUUUGCGAAGAGCCCUGUGAGAAUGGCGUUUGCAGUAGUCCUAAUGAAUGCACUUGCAACACUGGCUAUUUGCUGCGUUUGGGAACUAUAAGCAAAUGUGAUCCAGUUUGCAGUUCAUCAUGUCCAAAUGGCAUAUGUUAUGCGCCGGAUGUAUGCGCUUGCAAAACUGGUUAUGCAAAUCUAAAUAAUUUGGUAUCACAAGGAUGUGCUCCUGUAUGUAGGGAUAAAUGCGUAAAUGCUUUCUGUUCAGCGCCUAAUCAAUGUACUUGUUUUGAAGGUCAUGGUUUUAAGAAUGGUUCACGAUCUUGGUGUGAGCCAACUUGUCCAAAUGGCUGUGAAAAUGGAUUCUGCACAGAACCAGGAAAAUGUGUGUGUCAUGACGGCUACAAAAUGUCAGAGCCACAUAAAUGCACUCCUCAAUGCAAGGAUACUUGCAUAAACGGGUUUUGUUCGGCUCCUGAUACUUGCACUUGUAAUGCCGGUUACGUUUAUCGGAAUGGCAGUCAAACGGUUUGUGAACCAUUCUGUCCGAAAGGUUGUAAGAAUGGCGUUUGUACAAGUCCAGGCGUUUGUAGUUGCAAUUCAGGCUAUCAGUCAUUGCUCUAUUUUCAUUGCAUACCAGUUUGCACAAAAACAUGUGUACAUGGCACAUGUACAGCACCUGAUACAUGUCGCUGUUUUAACGGCUAUAAACCGAACACCCUACAACCACAUCAAUGUGACCCGAUAUGCAAUUUUGACUGUGGACAUGGUCAGUGCAUUGCGCCGGGUAUUUGCAAUUGCGAAGCGGGCUAUACGAGAAAGUGGUUGACUGGUCGUUGUGAACCAUUCUGUCCACAUAAGUGUGUUAAUAGUAUUUGUGCAGCGGGUGGUGUGUGUCGUUGCUAUGAGGGCUUCAAAUUACGGGACGGUUCUAAGUUUAUUUGUGAUCCAGUAUGCUAUCCGCCGUGCAUCAACAGUAAUUGUGUGGAACCAAAUACAUGCGAAUGUUGGAAAGGCUAUGAGGACACGAAACAUCAUAAUUUGUGCAUUGCGCGCUGUAGACCAACGUGUGAGAAUGGUAAAUGUGUGGCACCUAAUAAAUGUCAAUGUGACGAUGGUUACGUGGUAGCUGAUCCAAAUGCCCCAAAUCGUUGUCAGGCGGUAUGCAAGGAUGUUUGUGUCAAUGCUGAAUGUUUAAAACCAAAUCAAUGUACAUGUUUAGAUGGAUAUCGGUACUUGAAUGAUAGCACUACCGAAUGCGAACCAGUAUGCGAACAAUCGUGUGCACAUGGCAAGUGCAUAGCGCCGAAUGUUUGUAAAUGUGAACCAGGCUAUACUUUAAGCAUAAAUGAAGGUGGAUUAUUGGAAUGUGUGCCAGAUUGUAAUGAAUGGAAUUGUCGGGGUGGUGGAGUCUGUAAUGAAUUACAAAUAUGUCAGUGUUCUGAAGGCUUGAUUUACAAUGAGCAACGUGGACAGUGUAUACCAUACGGAGCAGUUAAUGACCAUGUUUUUCAAAAUGUUCCAGUUUCAAGUUGGACGAUCGGAACAAUUGCGGUGCUAUUAAUUGCACUUUGUAUUUUGGCUGUGAUUAUAAUAUUUCGAGAAAUUGGUAGACGCAGCUAUGGAACUAAAUCACAGCAAGUUCACUUAAUAGAGAACCCAACUUUCGGUGCUAUAUUACCAGAAGAAAUUGAUGAGGACAAUGAAGUGCAGGAAGUUGGAGAUUAGAAUAAUAAAAAUUUUUUUUUAUUUGUAUUUUUUAGCAUGUAUUUUAUGAAAUUAAAUUAUUAUUAUAUA